UUUUGAGGAAUUGUUCCCUCACCUCGCAGAAAUUAUCACUUCCCAUUAACAACGUUAACCAGACAAACAUGAGCGGCGCGUUGGCCUCAACGUCUCUCUGCAACGGUCGAAUUUCAAGAUUUUCCCCCAAAAAAACAGUAUUAUUUUCAGUUCGCAGAAAUACUGCAUUCAUCAAUACCCAAUUUCCGAUCAGAAUUUUGAGAAUACGAGCCAGUUCAAAUGAGCUAGGCACUAAAACAGAACAAGGGUAUAAAGACGAAGAAGAAGAUCUUGAAGAAAGUGAAGAAUCGAGCAAGAAUUACAGUGGGCCCUCAUCCGCUUCUUCUCCUUCACUCGAUAAAGAUAUUAAAAAGGUUGUUCAAAAAACAGCAGCAACGUUUGCACCACGAGCUUCGACCGCAACGAAAAAUCCAGCCGUACCGGGAAGCGUUCUAUACACCGUGUUCGAGGUUCAAGCUUACGCGUCUCUGUUAAUAGGGGGAGCUCUCUCUUACAAUCUCAUCUUCCCCUCAAACGAACCCGAUAUUUGGAGACUAAUGGGAAUGUGGUCCAUUUGGAUGUUCACUAUUCCUUCACUUCGUGCGCGGGACUGCUCAAAGAACGAGAAAGAAGCACUGAAUUAUCUAUUCAUACUUGUUCCCUUAAUCAACGUCGUAAUCCCAUUUUUCUUGAAAUCGUUUGCUGUUGUUUGGUCAGCAGAUACCGUUGCCUUCUUCGGAAUGUAUGCAUGGAAGCUUGGAUGGCUUUCGCAGAAAGAGUGAUAUUUGUACAAGAACAAGUGUUUUUGAAAGAGGUGGUACAUAUAUAUAUAUUCUUGUUGUAUUAAAAUUUUGUACCUUGAAAGAUUUAUCCAUUCAGUUGUUUUAAAUCAAAUUUACUUGAC